AUGUCUCAGUGGAAGGAUCGAUUCGCACAAGCGUGGAUCAGGGCAGAAAAGGUCCUCGAUGACUCAGCCGAGGAAUGCCAUCUGGCUCAGAUGAUGUCAGUACUGGCACUGUCGAAUGUCUUCGAGGUCGUCAGCUGGUUUGCGGAAUUCUGCCAGCAGCCAAUGUCCUUUCUAGUUCUCCUGCUGUUGUUCGGAGAAUCAAUUCACCUAUUGGUGAGUGUCGUUGCUUUGGUGACGGCAACAAUCAUUGACUUAGCGUGCUGCUAUGUCGUGGCUGGCACCGAGUUCGGAGCAGCCGCAUUCACGUAUGGUGUGACAAUGAGCUCUCUGCUCUCGUGGGGACUGAAGCCACCGGAACUGCCCCAGUACGUACCAAAGCGACUGAGGAGAAAGCAACCGUUCCUGUUGAGAACCGCCAAGGCGUCAAUGGACGCGAUGCUAUGCUUAUCAGCGAGAGUAGCAGGAACUGUCCUGCUCAUUAUUCAACUGACUCACCUGUCGAUCCAUGAGUCAGCAGGGGCACCACCCGAGAAGCAAAGAAGCUCAUCGACGGACGAGCCCUUCUUGGAUCAAGACGAAGAAUCAGAGGAACCAUACGCCAGCAUGUGCGAGAAGUACAAGAGGGCAUGUCAGCCCACAAUGUUAUGGGACCUGAAGGUCGCUGACCAAGACCACAAGCCAACAGCCUUCGAGAUGUUCAUCCGGUUCCUGCUGGUCCUCAAGGGAGGACUCGACCUGAUAGGAGAGGAAAGCAACCCGCUGGUUGCAUGGCAACUGAUCAUGUACUCCUUGUCCGGAGACAUGAAUCGCAACUCAGAGGAUCACCAGUAUGACGCUGACUCAGUCCUGAUAGCCAUCGACAAUUGCUCCUCGAGAUGCAUCACAAAUUCGAUGAAGGACUUCAUCGAAGACCCAGUGCGAGUCAAUGUGAAGGUGCAAGGGAUUGGAGGAUCAGUCACGGCGACAUACAGAGGGACAGUGCGCUGGUCCAUCGAGGAUGACAAUGGCAGAGUCCAUCACUUCGUGAUUCCUCACACCUACUACAAUCCUUCGACGCCAUACAGGCUCUUGUCACCACAGCAUUGGGCGAGAGUAGCGAGUGACAAUUCACCAAACAAAAGGGGCACCUGGUGUGCGACCUAUGAAGACGCAGUGGAGCUAUUCUGGAGCCAGAGACAGUUCAAGAGAGUCAUUCCACUGUCGGCAAGCA